GUAAAAAAUGGGCAUUGACGUCAAGAAGAAGGUGCUCAAGCGAAAGCUGAAACAGAUGAAGGAUGGACAUGAGAAGAAAAAGGCUAAGGAGGUUGUAGUUGAAGAACCAAUGGAGGAAGAAGAUGAGGAGGAAGUGGAAGAGGAGCAAAAGCAUCAAACGGAGGAGUCAAGUGAAACCAAAGUGUCUGAGUUCUUGACGAAGACUACAUUUGCAUCGCUUGAAGGAAAAGUUAACGCGAAUUUGCUGAAAGCCGUACAAGGAUUGGGAUUCACUACAAUGACAGAAAUUCAGGCAAAGAGUAUUGAUCCGUUGUUGGAGGGAAAAGACGUAUUGGCAUCAGCAAAAACUGGUUCUGGAAAGACGCUUGCCUUCCUGCUCCCUGCUAUCGAACUUCUUCACAAACUCAACUGGAAACAACACAAUGGAACUGGUGUCAUCAUUGUGUCUCCAACUCGUGAAUUGUCGAUGCAAACUUAUGGAGUUUUGUCCGAACUUCUUGAAGGAUCCAAUUUGACGUAUGGAUUAGUGAUGGGUGGUUCGAAUAGAAGUGCAGAGAAGGAUAAGCUUGCGAAGGGAGUUUCGAUUUUGGUGGCCACUCCUGGACGACUUUUGGAUCAUCUUCAGAAUACUGACAACUUUUUAGUCCGCAACAUGAAGUGUUUGAUUAUUGAUGAAGCUGAUAGAAUUUUGGAUAUCGGAUUCGAGAUAGAAAUGCAACAAGUUCUCCGUCAUCUUCCAAAACAACGGCAGUCAAUGCUCUUCUCGGCAACUCACUCUCCAAAAGUUGAUGAGCUCGUGAAAUUGGCUCUUCACUCGAAUCCAGUUCGCGUUUCUGUACACGAAAAGGCCGAAGAGGCAACAGUUGAAGGAUUACAGCAGGGUUAUAUUGUUGCUCCAUCUGAUAAGCGUCUACUUCUUUUGUUCACAUUCUUGAAGAAGAACAAGACGAAAAAAGUGAUGGUAUUCUUCUCAUCGUGCAAUUCAGUCAAAUUCCAUCAUGAGCUUCUCAACUACAUUGACAUUCCGUGCAUGUCUAUUCAUGGAAAACAAAAGCAACAGAAAAGAACAACGACAUUCUUCCAAUUCUGUCAAGCUGAAACAGGCAUCCUUUUGUGUACAGACGUGGCAGCUCGUGGACUCGACAUUCCAGCAGUUGAUUGGAUUGUACAAUAUGAUCCAACUGAUGAGCCAAGAGAAUAUAUUCAUCGUGUCGGACGUACAGCACGUGGAACAAAUGGAAGUGGAAAGGCUCUUCUCGUUUUGAGACCUGAAGAACUUGGAUUCUUGCGUUAUUUGAAGGCCGCUAAAGUCACGUUGAACGAAUUCGAAUUCUCAUGGAGCAAGGUUGCAAACAUUCAAUCCCAACUCGAGAAUCUCAUCAGCAAAAACUACUACCUGAACAAAUCAGCGAAGGAGGCAUACAAGUGCUACUUGAGAGCGUAUGAUUCUCAUUCAUUGAAGGACAUCUUCGAUGUGACCAACAUGGACUUGACUGCAGUGUCGAAAUCAUUCGGAUUCUCUGUUCCACCGUUUGUUGAUCUUCCGAUCAGCAAUAAGCCAAAGGUUGAGAUCCGUUCAAAACUAUCCGGAGCUGGCUACCGCAAGAAGAAGCAGUCAUUCACAUUCAAGGCGAAGAAGUGAUGUGUGUUCCGCCUCCAAUUAUUGUUAUAUCAUUGUUUUCUUUUUCUUUUACUGUUGUCUUUUAUUGUUAUUCCUACAACCACUUCUCCAUCCAACUUUAUGUCCCAACAAUUAUUUGUUCUUUUUCUUGCUGUUAUUCCCUCAUAAACUGUUUCAGAACCGUG